CACGACCCAUUUCUUUCACCAGACUCCAUCUCCCCUAUUCUGGUACUUAAGCAGUGCCUCCGGUCCCCGCUGUCCCUGAGUCCCGCAGUGUCUGUGUGGUUCGUGGAGCAGCCUGCCUGCCCGUCUAGGGCUGCGUAGGAGUGGGCUCCUAGGCGCUUUGUUCUUUCCUUGGAUGCAACGAUCUGUCGGGCGUAUGGCUCUGCCUUCUCAAGGCUCUGCCCUUCUUCUAAGACAAAGCAUAUUGGAAGAAGACAAAGGAAUGAUCUCUGGACUCCUAACAGCCAGGUCCCAGGUAUCAGUAACAUUCAAGGAUGUAGCUGUAGACUUCACCAAGGAAGAAUGGCAAGAACUGGAACCUUCUCAGAAAGACCUGUACAGGGAAGUGAUGUUGGAAAACUAUAAGAACCUAGUUUCCCUGGGGAUUCCAAUUUCCAAACCAGAUAUUAUUUACCAGUUGGAACAAAGAGAAGCAACAUGGAUGCCAGAAGGAAGAGUGCCAAGGUAUUCCUCUUCUGAUGGGGAGAAACUUGAAAGAUCUGAAAUCAAAGCAUCAGCUUGGAAGCUGGGUAUUUUUAUAGAAGAAUCAUCCAAAGACAGAUUCAUUUGGGAUAAUCCCUGGGGCCCUAUAUUGGGAGAAGCCAGGGAAUAUGAUAUCAGGUCAGAGGGACCUUCCAGGCAAGGAAAAUUCACUCACAGAACAACUUCCAGUAAAGUGAAAGGCCAUGAAAAUAAAUUUGGGGAAAGCUUCAAUCAAGAGUCAACUCUUUUUCAACAGAGAAUUCCUAUAGGAAGCAGUCCCAACAAAUGUGAUGAAUAUGGAAAGAAUUUCAGUCCACAUUUAGUUAAAUGCAAUAGAAUCUCCUCAGCAAAGAAGCUUUCUAAGUAUAAUGAAUGUGAGACAUCCUUUAACUAUAAUAAUACAAACCUUAUUCAAAGUCAUAGACUUCAUUCCGGAGAAAAAAAUUUUGAAUGCAACAAAUGUGGGAAGACCUUCAGUCAAAAAACUGGCCUUACUGAACACCAGAGAAUUCAUACUGGAGAAAAACCCCAUAAAUGCAAUGAAUGUGGAAAAGCCUUUAGACGUAGCACACAACUUAACGUACAUCAACGAAUUCAUACUGGAGAGAAACCCCAUAAAUGCAAUGAAUGUGGGAAAGCCUUCAGACGGAGCACACAACUUACUGUACAUCAAAGAAUCCAUACUGGAGAAAAACCUCACUUGUGUAAUGAAUGUGGAAAGGCUUUCAGACAGAGCACACAACUUACUUACCAUCAGAGAAUUCAUACUGGAGAGAAGCCCCACAAGUGUAAUGAAUGUGGAAAGGCAUUCAUCCGGAAUACACAACUUACUGUACAUCAAAGAAUUCAUACUGGAGAGAAACCCCAUAAGUGUGAUGAGUGUGGGAAAGCCUUUAUCCAGAGAAUACAACUUACUGUCCAUCAGAGAAGUCAUACUGGAGAGAAACCUCACAUGUGUGAUGAAUGUGGGAAAGCCUUCAGACGUAGCACACAACUUACUGUACAUCAAAGAAUUCAUACUGGAGAGAAACCCCACAAAUGCAAUGAAUGUGGAAAGGCCUUUAUCCGGAAUACAGAACUUACUGCACAUCAACGAAUUCAUACUGGGGAACAUCCCCACAAAUGUAAUGAAUGUGGGAAGGCCUUUAUACGUAGGACACAGCUCACUGUCCAUCAAAGAAUUCAUACUGAUGAGAAACCCCACAUAUGUAAUGAAUGUGGGAAAGUCUUCAUCCAGAGCAUUCAACUUACUGUACAUCAGAGAAUUCAUACUGGAGAAAAACCUCACAUGUGUAAUGAAUGUGGGAAAACCUUCAAUCACCGAUCAUCCCUUAGUUCCCAUCUGAGAAUCCAUACUGGAGUGAAACCAUAUAAAUGUAAAGAAUGUGGCAAAGCAUUUAUGGAUAGUUCUUACCUUACCUACCAUCAGAGAAUUCAUACUGGAGAGAAACCUUAUACUUGUAAUGAAUGUGGGAAAGCCUUUAACCAUAGAUCAUCCCUUAAAAACCAUCGAAGAAUUCAUACUGGAGAGAAACCUUAUAAAUGCAAUGAAUGUGGUAAAUGCUUCAGUAACUGUUCAUCCCUUGCUUGCCAUCAAAAAAUCCAUACUGGAGAGAAACCUCACAAAUGUAAUGAAUGUGGGAAGGCCUUCAUUCAGAUCAUCCAUCUUACUGUACAUCAGAGAAUUCAUACAGGAGAGAAACCUUAUGAAUGUAAUGAAUGUGGGAAAGCUUUCAAACAUAACUCAUCCCUUACUUCCCAUCUCAAAACUCAUACUCGAAAGGAACCACAUAAAUGGAGCCGACAACAUAGUCAUCAUCAGAGAAAUCAUACAAGUAAGAAACCCUUAAAAAAUAACAAAAGUGGUAAAGCCUUCAACCACAACUCAUCCCUUGGUCAUCAGAAAAGUUACAUUGGAGAGAAGUCUUGUGAAGCUCAAACCCCUCAUCUCAACAAUACUUCAGUCGAUCCAUGAGCUCAUUGAUGUGGGUACUCUUGCAGGUUACAACCUAAACACACCUCACUCUGUGCCCCUCUUGUCCAUGUCCACAUUCAUCCUAACAUGUCUACCAAAAUUAUUCUCUCAAAACUUACCAGUUACCAAACCUGGUAGCAUUUCCUAUUCUCAUCUCUUUGAUCUUGCUAUGAUAUCUGACAUUACUGAAUACCUGUCUUUCUACUUAGUUUCUCCUCCCUAAACUUCAAAAACAGCCCACUUCUGAUUCCCCUCCAAUCUUUUCAUUUUCUCUUCUACCUCCUUAAUUAGUUAUUCAUCUACUUCUAGACAACUUAAGGAGGUAAUUUCCCAAAGUUAUGUUCUUCUUCCUCUUUUCCCUUUAUUUUAUGUCUUGACAUUAUCAUUUAUUUCCAUGCCUACAACUAUAUAAACUAUGAAAAACUCCCAGAUCAUUAUCUCUAGCUCAUAGCUCUUUCCCAAGCUCCAGAUUUAUGUGCCCUACUAUUGACAGUAUUGACUUAGUUUAAGCCCUACUAACAUUUCAAACCCUUCAUGUCUAAAGCUGAACUUAUUUUUUUGCCUUUGCCCCUAAAUCUGCUCUUUCUUUUGGCUUAUUUAUUUGUCAUUGGUGCCACCAUUUUCCCUCAUUUUGCUGUAUUUGAAACCUUGGCUUUAUGUUUGAUUCGUCCCUCUUUCUUGCUUCUCAUACUCAAUUACUUAACCAUUUUUUUUUAGUUUUAUAUCACUUAUUUAUUUUUUCAUUUAACAUUCACUUAGUCUUUUUUUUUUUGUGAGCAGAGAACUUUGCAAGUCUUUGUUUAAAUACAGAGAUAUAAUGAUAUGUUUUGCCUACAGUCAUGGAGGUUACAGUGUAGUAAGGGAUAGAACACAAUAUCUCUAUUAUAAACUAGUGCAUGCUUUUCUUACUGUGUUCCCACCCUCAUCUUCCUAAUAUGUCUUUCCUAGUGCCUGCUUCAAACAAUAUAACAAGUAAGGUCUUUCCUAUUGCCCUUCCAAUUCUUCCUUUACUAGGUUGCCACUUUCACACAUAGAUUUGAUCAUUUCAUACUUCCAUUCUAAAAUGUUUAAUGGUUUCCAAUGGCUUACAGAGAGAACAAUUGAAGCUCCUACACCUACUAUACAAAUACACCUAUACUCAACAAUUUAACAGCUUGCCAUUCCAGCCUUAUACUAUUCCACUUCAUGUACUCUUUGCUUUAGCCAAACUGUACAUUUUCUGUUUAGGCUCUUCCCUGUGCUUAGUUCUUGGACCACUUAAAUGCUGUUCAUCCUUAAAAUCCAUCUAAAGUGCUCCUUUUAAGAAGUCAUCCAUAAUCCUGUGGUCUCCACAUCCUGAUCCAUCUCCAGAUUUCACAUAGCACUUUGUGCCUGGUAGAACAUGUAUUAUUUUAAAUUAUAAUUCUGUGUACAUGUCAUCUCUACAAUAAGUUUUAUGAAGGCAAAGACUGUUGUACCUAAAAGUAUUUUUCCCCAGGACCUAUUAUGCGAUUCUUCACAUAGAAGAUUAUUGAACUGAAUUUAAAUGAAUUGAGGACAUGAAACUUCUAUUUAAAAUGUUUAUCUGACUAAAUAUCAAUGAAUUCAUAUUACAGAGAGACUAUAAAUGGUGCAUUAGCUGCUUAAGGCCCCUGCUCUGAUAUUAAACUAAUUCCUGACUUUUGGGUUUAAUACUCAGAGCUCCAGAAGUCUCUUCUCCCUUCCACCCCAUCUUCUCCCCUUUAAAGAUAAUUUUCCCUUCGGUACAUCUUAAUAUGGAUAUUUUCUUAUUAAUGUAGCUAAAUGGAGCCCUGAUUCUAUAACUAUCCCAAGGAUGCUUAUUUAUUGACCCAAUGAAUUAAUGAUUAGUAGUUCAGGUAAGAUGGAGAUAAUGUAAGCCAAUUCCCUUAUUUUAUAGAUUAAGAAUCUGAGGCCUAGAGAGGAAUAAGUAAUUUGCCCAAGGUAGUAAGUGGCAGUGCAUGUAAAUGAAAUAAUGCAUGUGAAGUCCUGUAUAAAACUUAAAAGGUAUAAAGGUUUCAAAUAAUUCUCAUGCUUGAACAUUACUUCAUGAAGUAAUCUUGAUAAGAGUUCUUUGUUUUCCUCUUGACUACUCACCAAAGUGAAGGCCAGAUUCAACCCUGGCCCUACUCUGGGUUGGUUAGCUCCAUAAGAGGAAGGGAUUUUCCCUUUGGUAGCAGCAACAUUUUUUAACACAAGAAGCUAUAAGUAGCACCAGACUCAAAAUCCUGGAGGUGAAAUUCACCAGUUCCCUUAUCUUAUGCCUUUCUUCUCAGGAUAACUCCUUUUCAGGGGUCCAUCUUAUUUCUUAUACCUGUCAACUUGUACUCACUGGAAUAAAACAAUUUUGUGUUUAGGUGAUGUGUUAGCAGUGUCACUGGGAUACCUGUAGGCAUAAUACAAGGAGUAUUAUAUCAGUACAUGGCAUUUGACUGUUGAUGAUACAUCUACAGGAUACACCUCCAGAGGGUUCUAGACAUCUUUCAGGGUAUGCUUAGAAUACAUUGCUGCCUAUGAUAGCCAACCUCCCAAACCAAAAAGAUAAAUUUUUUAAAUAAUUCACAUCUUAGAUCAAGAUCUACCAGUAUUUUAUGUAUUAGGAAAACAAAGGGGGAAGGAGUCAAUAUGAAAUAACCUCAAAUUAAAGCUUUGAUUUUUUUAAAAGGAAAAA